AUGUCUAAGAUCGACGUCCACCACCACUUCUAUCCCCGGUCUUCACCGAAGCCACAUAUAAACAUUCUAAUAUCUAUCUUAGCCCUCAAAAGAGCCGGCGGCGAUCCAUCUGGCUGGUUCAUCCCAGACUGGACUCUACAGGCAGAUCAAGAACUUAACACCAAAAUCGGUACCGGUACAUCAAUCCUAUCUAUGACCGCACCAGGUGCAUGUAUCGAAAAAGAUCCAGUCGCAGCCGCAACUCUAGCCCGAACAUCAAAUGAGCAUGCGGCAAAUAUUCGAGACAAUCAUCCGAAAUCCUACGGCUUCUUUGCAUCUCUUCCAUCUCUACUAGAUACAGAUGCCUGCUUAACAGAGAUUACAUACAGUCUUGAUGUCCUGAAAGCAGAUGGAGUCAUUAUUUUUACUCGUUAUGGUGAUGAUAAUUAUUAUAUUGGACAUCCGGAUUUUACUCCGAUCUGGGAAGAGUUGAAUCGUCGACAUGCCCUGGUUUUCGUGCAUCCUACUCACGCGGUUGAUACGGCUCUUGUGAAUUCAAAUCUCCCACAACCUAUGUUCGAUUAUCCGCAUGAAACAGGUCGCACAGCUAUGGAUCUUAUCACUCGUGGUACGCUGAGGAAGUUUCCGGAUGUGAAGAUUAUUCUUUCGCAUGCUGGUGGGACUCUUCCUUGGUUGAUAAAUCGUCCGGCAACUAUGUUGCCAUAUACAUCAGUUGAUAUUGCUCUUUCGACAAAAGAGAUUCUCGAUGAAGCGCGCAAAUUCUACUUUGACACUGCGCUUUCAAGCGCUCAUGUUAUGUUGGAUCUGCUGUAUAAGAUUGCGGACCCAGACCAUGUGCUUUUUGGUUGUGAUUUUCCUAAUGCCCCCGUUCCGAGUAUAUCAGUGUUUACGGAGCAGUUUGAUUCUUAUAAGCAUGAGGGGAUGGAUCAUGUGAAGCUUACAAGAAGGAAUGCGUUGAGGAUUCUUCCGAGGCUCGACUUGCAGGAGAGAUUAUCUGAGUAG